UGCCUUUGUACACUUCUGUUUCUGCAAUGGAUCAGGCUGUCGCAGCAAUAAUGGCAGUCUACUUUUUACUCAAUUCUGCGGCAGUUGGAUUUGGUGGGACUCUGUCCAUCAUCGUUGCUCGCCGAAUGUCCAGUCUGGAUGGCAGCAGCAGGCUUUGUAUGGUGUCCCUGGCUGUCGCUGACAUGCUGACAAUUUGGCCGUAUCUUGCAACCUUUGUGGCUAUGGUGGCACAGCAGUGACCCUUUGGGAAUGAGGUCUGCAACUUAAGUGCUCUCAUGCUCGACAUGUCAUCAUUUGCAUCUGUCGCAUUUAUCACUGCACUCAGCGUGGACAGGUACAUGGUGAUAACGCACCCCUUCUCCUACACUCAAGAAAAGGUCCAACGUUUCUUCAAAAUUUCCAUGGUACUACUGUGGGUGAUACUUGGCCUAGCUUUCAUCUCUUGCGCCAUCAUUUUCUACAACAGGGAUUGGCUGGAAGGGAUUUACUGCGUGAUCCAAGUAAAAGGGACAACAACUCUGAGGUUCUGGUUUGCAGUCUUACUCAUCCCAGCUUUAGGGAUACCCAUGCUGUUGGUUUGCACCAUCUAUGCCCGCCUUUUGAUUCUUGGCCGAAAGCACGCGCUCCGAAUCCGCCAACAGAAUCCCGAUCCCCAACCCAACAACGCCGCCGGAAGUGGACGACGUGGCUACAAGACCUUCGCUGCUGUGACGCUCUGCUUUGCCCUGACCAGCUUGCCUUACAUGGCCAGCGUCAUUCAUGUACAAUUCAUCCUAUCCGAUGACAUGAGGGGCAGCUCACCUGCAUUGACAAUCCUCACUGUGUGCAAGUUUAUCUUCAACAGUCACGGCUGGCUAAACGCCCUGGUCUACGUAUUCAUGAACAGGUGUUUCCGACAGGAGGCUAAGAAAGUGCUGAAGGGGGCACGGCGCUGCAUGUGCAGGCAACAAGACCAUCCAGAACAGUGAACCAUGAACCCUUACCUUGCUACACAGAACACAGCGAUGUAGUUCUUCUACUCAUACUUUAUUCAAUUUGUUUGUACUCGUACUGAUACUCAUGAUAACGUUCUCCCAAAUUUUUAAAAAUUUUUGAGGUACAUGCAGGAAAGAACCCAUUUUCUACUGUUUGGUAUGUUUUUGCAUACAUUUUAUGCCCAAUGUGACAGCAAAAAGCU